UUUGUCGCGUCGCCGGUGCUGGAGGUAGAGGGACAAAAUCAAGCUUCAAGACCUCAGGGAGGCCCAGGGUCGCGGAUAUUUUAACAAAGGCUGAGCUGCACGACUGUUCCCCCCACCUUCACAGUCUGGGCUCCUUUAUCCGCUGCGGAACAGGCCCUAUUGGGGAUGCCGGACCUGAGUGCGGGUGAGGAUGCCGCCUGCACCCAAAGGACCAGGGAGGCCCUGCAUGCAGAUCUCUUGGCUGCUGACCUCAAGUGCAGCUUCUUCGUCUCGGCUUUGCAGAGCUACAAGCGGGAUUCUGCUCUCCGGCCCUUCCCAAGCUUCUAUGCCACUGAGGAGGCCAAGGACUUUGAGGCUUUGCUUGCAGACACAAAUGCAUUGGUGGGCCUGAAUGAGCUCCUUGCGUCUCCCCAGAAAGCAGCCCAAAGGGCCUGGGAGCUGCUAGGCUGGAUUCUGUCUUCCAAGGCCUUGACCAUACACAGUGCUGACAAAAAUGAGUAUAAGAAGAUAGAAGAGUUGACCGGAGAGCCCAGUGUGGCGGUCCCCGUGCCGGAUUUCCUGUUUGAAAUCACCUACUCCAGUCAGCUGGAGGCCAAGUUUGAGGAGACCCGGAGAGGCAGAGACCUCAUCUAUGCAUUUCAUGGGAGCCGGCUGGAAAACUUUCAUUCCAUCGUGCACAACGGUUUGCAGUGCCACUUAAACAAGACCUCCUUGUUUGGGGAAGGAACCUACCUGACCAGUGACCUGAGCCUUGCUCUCCUCUAUAGUCCCCAUGGACUCGGCUGGCAGCACAGCGCAAUGGGCUCCGUUCUGAGUUGCGUGGCUGUGUGCGAGAUCAUUGAUCACCCCGAUGUAAAAUGCCAGGUGCAGAAGAAAGAUUCUAAAGAAAUAGACAAGAAGAGAGCCAGAGUGAGGAACAGCGAAGGGGGCGACGUCCCCCAGAAGUACUUUGUAGUUACGAACAAUCAGCUCAUACGGGUGAAAUACUUGCUAGUGUAUUCACAGAAACAGCACAGGAGGCCUGCCAGUCAGUCUUGGUUUUCCAAACACUGUUUUGCUCUAAUGAUGACUUUCUACUUGCUCCUAUUGCUUGCCAUUGGGGCCUGCAACUCUCCAACUUUUGCCUACUAUUGGAACAAGAUUUUUGACAUAGAACAAUGAACUUUUCCGGCCUCAGCCGCGAUGUCGACUUUUUACCACGUGCCUUAAUGUGAGAGCUGUAACGUUUUUGUUCAACCAGAGCUCUGGAGAGGGUCUCGGGGAGGGACGGAGAGGUGAGCUGGGCGGGUUCCGCUGCCUUAAGCUUCCCAGCAGACCGUGACGUAGGAUUUUGGCUUCAGUUUUGUCUUCUUUCCACGAAAAAGAAACAGUGAGAUGGAGUCCUCUGUCUCCGGCCCUGGGAAAGGUGGAACAAUGCAGAUGGCCGGAAGGGAAAGAGACGCUGAAGAAAAAUGGCCAACCAAGGUCCACGUGGAAACGGCAGUGUUUGGGGAGCCUCUUCUUCCACAGAUUCAUAGUACCUCUGAAGCAGUCAGCAAGGCCAGAUGUUCUGUGCUGGGUGUCUCCCUCAGAGCUUGACGUAAGAGCUCGUGCCCUUUUUUACAGCUCUAGGCUUUAGACAACUACUUGCUGAAGCAAUUUUGAACUCAAGCAGGUUUCAGAGGAGGGUGUGGCUGUGUGUGUAAGCAUCCUCGGCUUUUCUAAAGGGUUCUGGCUAUCGUGUGUCAAAUGUUCAUGGGAAAUGUUCACACAGUUCAGAGCAAGAUGUGCAGACCUGGCUCCCAUCGUCCUCCCCAGUUAUUAUGCCACCCACCCCCCAUCUCACUUGUCCCCUAAAGCCAAACUGCUGUUCUCCUUUUGAGCUAGAAGGGUCUUGAGUUGAAUCCUCUUCCUCAAAAGGUGAGUAACCAACCCCCGACAAUAUCAACCCAUGCAAAAUAGACCGCAGUGCCUCUAACAGAGACCGGGUGCCUCCCAGAGGUGGCAUUUGGUCCUCCCAAUUGUAGCUAACUCACAAAUUAGAGACGAAAAAAGGAAUUUUUUUUCAUAAGAUGGUUCAGGUGCAGGGUUGUUGUGAGGAUAAAAUAGAGAACAAUGUAAGCUGCUUUGGAUCCCCAUUGGGGGGAAAUGCGAGGUGUGGUGGAAUAGAUCCGGUGACCCGUGAGCACUACCCCACUUUUGCUCUCUGGGUGUCGGGUUCACCAGUGGCAGUCCACGUCUCUGCCUGGCAUGUGCUACCCUCAGAGGGGCUUUAACUCCUCAAAACUUUUGCCACCACUUGGCCUUGGGUGGAAUUGCCUAUGGCAAGGGCCAGGGCUCCCUUGCGCAGGCUUAACACUCUGAGUCCUGCCUGGUGCCCUGUCUCCUGCUACCUGGCACCUGCUUACUGCAGGGACGAUUUACCACACUUGUGUGCACCGCAGGGGGAAUCAGCCAGUUGCCUACCUUCUUGUUUUAGAUAGUUUGGCUGGGCAGUGGGAGUCUAUGUGGUACAGAGAACAGCCACCAGCAUUUAAGAAUUAAAAAAGUGUUUAUUAAAGACAAGAAGGAAAAAAUGUUCACACUCAAACUUUUAAGCACAGCACCAAAGCAAGCAAGCAGAAAGAAAUGGGUAAUAACGCUGUGUCUCCCUUUGUGCAUGCCUGUCUUAGACCUCCUGUUUAGGCAGGCUGUCUAUCUUAGAACGUUCCAGCUUAUUGAGAAGUCCUUAUACCUCCCCUGGUUCAGCCCUGCAGCUUCCACAUGGUCAGUGGCCACCAGGUGCAGGGGGCCAACUCUCAGCAGCUUUCAGCUCACAUCAGCCAAGGAGACCCUCCUCCCCCUGUGUCCGGAGAUCUCAUCUCGCCCUUUGCCCACCCCUGGGCAAGUCAAAGGUGCAGUCAGAGAGGCUUUUCCUAGAGGUUCCAGGAAGAAAGCUUUCUGGCAUUUUAGUCCUCCAGGUCUCUGUCCCCCCCCCCCUACAUACCUGGAAGGGUAAGCUUCUAACAAGAAAGCCUUUGGGCUAGAUCUGCCUUACUAAAACCCAAGACUGGGUGCAGCGUAGAAAGCACCUGGCUUUCCCUCCCUCCCUCCUACUUGUUCUGAGGGCCAGGCUACAAGAGACAAAAGGCACAGAUUGGACACUUGUCAGCUUCCCUCAAGUUUUGAUGGGAAAUGUAGGCGUCCUGGUCUUGCAACUUGGCUCUCUGCCUGCUGUCCAAUGGAUUUUUCAACUGUCACUUGUCCAACAUUCCGCCAAGCUGCCUACAUUUCCCAUCAAAACUUGAGGGAAGCUGACAAGUGUCCAACCUGUGUCAUUCGUCGCGUACACGAGAAUAAGAGAGACGCAAUGUUCACUGGGAAGCAUAGUUCAAUUUCACCUCUCUACAGAGCUAGCAAAGAUGCCUCCUCAGAGGGUUUGUUCGUUUCCUCUUCGCCUCUGGGAAGGGGAGAUGAAAUUGACAGAGGGGAAGAGGAAAUUAACAAACUUGGAGGAUCUUUGCUGGCUUUGUAGAGAGAUGAAAUUGACAGAGCCUUUGGCUCUGUCUUUUUAAACUACACUUCCUAGUUAGCAUUGCGUCUCCUUACACUUGAGCAUUCUCAUGUACAAUGUCUCAUGUAGAGAGGCACUCAGCUAAGAGAGACUUUUUCAUUUAGGGGUGACGGUUUUGAUACAGUCCGAACCAACAAAUGAAAGCAUUUCUCCACAUGGGGUUUGAAGUUAAAAAAAUGCAGCAAGGAGUGGUAGCGGUGUAGGUUAAAAUAAUUUGUGUGUAGAGGGUGUUUACACCCUCAAGCUUGGGUUUGCAUGGCUGUGCUGUGCUGUACAGGUUUUUUCCCCCCAAAAGGCACCUGUUUGUACCCAAAUUCUUGCUGUCUCCCGCCCUUAUCAUGUUGAGCCUUGGCUCUGAAACAGAACAGGAUUAGGAGCCUUGCUGGCAAUAUCGUAGCCUGCUCUGGUUGAGGGACUGCAGGGCAGAAAUGUUUUAAAUGCUCUUUUGCACUGAUUUCUGCGUUCGGUACAGACACCCUCACCUUCCGCGUUCUUGAAGCGGAUCUGUAUUAUGUGAGCAUCGCAGGCCCCACGCGCUCCUUUGGUUCUCUUGCAAAGAAUCAUAUCUGUGGCCACGUAGCCCAGGCUCCAAUGCAGGAAGAGAAAGUGACCUCAAAGUGAAAGAGAAGGUUAGCUUAGCGAGCCCACCUGAGCUGAAGAAGUACAAGCCUAUUGCCUGGCUGGGGUAACAGGCAUCACACCUUUUCUUAAGUACAAUAUAUGAAGCAUAAUUCUAUUUUCCAGUUUAUUUGUAAAAAUAUUUUUGUAUAAAAAAUGAGAGGGGGCAUAAUAAAAAUACCAGCUGCUUGCG